GCAACAUGAAGCUACAAGUCCCAGGAUUCCACAGCAUUGAGCUGUGGAAGUCAAAGCAGUGUCCAACCAGGGUUAUUUCUGCAGUGCAGAUUCAGCUGAAGGUGUGCCUAUUUAUCCAGACAUGGGCUCUCCUGUGAUCGACAACUGCACACGUGCACACACCUGGGAAAGGGGGACUACAACUCCCACAAUCCCCAGCCUUGCCACGUUAGGAGAGGCUUCUGGGAGUUGAGAUCCAAGGCACCUGCCACACUGUGCAAUUAACCCAGUUUGACAAUGCCUUGACUGUCAUGGCUCCAGCUUACAGAAUCCUGGGAUUUGUAGGUUGUUGUGGUACAAGAGCUCUCUGACAAAGAAGGGUAAAUAAUCUGCAAUACAGAUGCAGCCUAAGCCUGCGGAGGGGCCUAGGUUUAACAUUUGUAUAAUGAAACAGCUGCUGUGGAAGAUGUCAGAAGCACCUUCUCUGGGAAUGCAGUGCUCUGGAAAGCUUUGCUUGUUCUGAGGGAGAGGUUUGCCAUUGCCUUCCCCUGAGAGGAGGCUGAGAGAGUGUGACUCACGCAAGGUCACCCAGUGGGUUUACAUCAUGUAAAUUAUUUCCCAGGACACUUCCUUAGAUACAGGAUGGAGAAGGAGUUUGGUUUUGCAUCCGUGGAAGAUGCAGUGCAGUACCAGUUGUUCCUUGCACAGGAACUGGAAGAUCCCGAACUUUACCAAGAAAUUCUUCAGCAAUACAUCGAAAGGAUUCUGGCACACUUUGCACCCAUGCUGGUUUCCUACAUCUGGCAAUACCAGCCGUUUAAUUUGAAGUACAAACCAGCCAAAGGAGAUAUUCCUGCCCAUAUUGCCGGUCUCACAAAAUUUGGGGAUAACAUUGAAGAUGAAUGGUUUAUUGUAUACCUCAUAAAAGAAAUUACGAAGGAAUUUCCAGAAUUAAUAGCUAGGGUGGAUGAUAAUGAUGGCGAAUUCCUGCUGAUAGAAGCAGCUGAUUUCCUUCCAAAAUGGCUGGAUCCUGAAAACAGCACAAAUCGGGUGUUUUUUCACUGUGGGGAACUGUGCAUAAUCCCAUUGCCAAAGAUUCCUGGGGAGGAGACGUUAUUGCCUGCUAACAAUCCUACAAUUCCUCAAGCUCUGAAGUUGUUUUCUGUCCAUUCUGGACACUUUGUGGCUUCAAAAUCUGUUAGAGGAGCAGUAUAUAAGCGCAUCAGUGGGUAUCCUGAGAAAAUACAGACUUUCCUUCACCAAGCUCACUGUUACCUUCCAGCAGGCAUUGCAGUAGUACUGAAGCAACGUCCUUCGCUGGUGUCAGCAGCAGUACAAGCUUUUUAUUUGAGAGACCCCCUUGACUUAAAAGCAUGCCGCAUUUUCAAAACUUUUCCACCAGAGACACGCAUAAUGACUUCAGUUACCUUUACGAAGUGUCUCUACGCACAGUUGGCUCAACAGAUCUUUGUUCCAGAUAAACGAAGUGGGUAUUCAUUGCCGUCUCGCUCACAUCCACAGUACAAAGCGCAUGAGCUAGGCAUGAAGUUGGCCCAUGGUUUUGAAAUUCUGUGUGCAAAGUGUAAUCCAUCUCAUCAUGAUUCCAAGAAACCUGUGUUGAACGUUCCACUAUGGGAUAACUUUCUCAAUAGCCUCAGGAAAAACAAUUAUUUUAAGGGUGAGCUGGAAGGCUCUGCUCAGUAUCUGGAUCGAUUACAUAUGGCAGAAAAUUAUUUCCAGCAGACUGUAAUCAAUCCACAGAGUUCAGUUGCUGAAAGCCCAGGUGAAGAAAUUCUGGCAAUACUAAAAGAAACAUCCUUUAAUUUGGAGGACUUAAGGAAAGAAGCUGAGACUCUUCCUCCUGAAGAUGAUGACAGUUGGUUGGAGAUUUCUCCAGACACUCUGAAUGAGAUCCUUCAGGAAGCAUCUGGCACAAACAAGCCCACUUCUGCCUUGAAUGAAGAGGAACAGAACUAUGACUUGGCUGAGGUCACGGAAAGUAUGAAGGCUUUUAUAUCUAAAGUAUCAACAUAUGAAGGAGCAGAAAUACCAUGGUCUUCUGCUGAGUCCCGCGUCACAUUUGAUGUUGACUCAUUCUCAAAUGCUUUAGACAAAAUACUGGGGGCAACUUCAGAAGAGCUGGACUCUGAUGAUUUGGAAGAAGAGGAGGAGUUUGAAUUCCUAGACAGCGAUGAAGGGACUGAUCUAAAAGCUGACAGGAAAGGAGAAAGAAAAUCUCAGAAUGCAGCAGCUGGAAGUCUCAGAUCAUACAUGGAUGAAAUGGACCAUGAGCUGGCAUCCACCCAUAUUGGGAAAAGCUUUACUCAUCAACAAAAAGUGGUACAGUCUGGUAAACUACCUUCAUCUCAAGACUCCAGUAGUGACUUGGAAGACGAGUGUAGUGCAGAAGAGCCUGAUUUGACACCUGUGGAUAUAGACCUUAAUCUUGUGACUAAUUUGCUAGAAUCAUAUAAUGCUCAAGCUGGACUAGCAGGACCUGCAUCUAACAUUCUGCAAAGCAUGGGAGUACAUUUGCCUGAAAAUAUAGACAACAAACCUCAUUAGCAAAUGCAUUGAUGGAAAAAUCGGACUUCCUAGUUGAUGGAUAUGUUGGAGAGUUGGUGCAGUGCCAAGAAGCAUUUUUCCUUUAGACUGAAGGAAGAAAUAUUUUCAGUUCAGUGUGUAAAUACAUGUAAGCAGUAUUUUAAUUCUCAUUUGCUACCCUUUUUGGAAUCGUGUCGUGUAAAAGUAAUUCAAACAGAGUGUAAAAAUUAGGAUGACCUAAGGAAAUGGGCCAUUCAAAUAUUUUUCUAAAAGACCAUUUAUAUGUACUAAAACUUUCUCUAGUCAUUAAAAGGUUAGAAAAAAUA